CCAUGGAGCGAUCUUGAUUCUUCAAUGUGUUUUGUUGCGGCUAUUUCACCGAUACCAGCCAAUGCCAAUGCACCUGCCUCAAGACUUGUACUGACGGCAAAUUGAUGACGAAAAUUCGGCGAUGGUGAAGAAGCAGUUGAGUUGCAGAAGUCAAUGGGAAAAGUGGACAUUUAUCUUGUUUUCAAUUUGUAUACGCGGUAACAGAAAAACAAAAUGUGUUACUGCAUCAAAACAUUGAAAUCCUGUUUUCCGAAUAAAAUUUGUCUCUUCGCAUAUGUUUCAGAUGAAUUUCUUUAAAAAAAAAAAAAGGAAGGCAUGGUGAGAUAUCGCACCGGUCGACCUUCAGGAUCUUUUUCUUAUGCGAUACUGACGGUUCACCAUCUCAGUAUCGAAUUGACGGUAGAAUCGAAUGGUUCCAGUGAUCUAGAAAUGAAAUUACAUCAAAGUGUCAUCCAUAAAUCAAAACAAUUUUUCAAAUCGACUAACACUUGAAUAAUAAUGAAAAGCUGAGAUUGAAAAAAAAAUUGUUCAUCUUUAAAAAAAGAAUUCAAAUUAUGGCUUUGAAAUUUUUUAUUAUUAUUUCAACAUUAAUUUCAACAAGAAUGUGUUUUUUACUUUUUGAUAAAUUAAAUAAUUUUCUCAAUCAUCGAACAAAUUAUUAUAAACCUGAAGUGGAAGAUUUUGGAAUUUAUGAUUUCGUGAUAAUUGGAGCAGGAUCUGGAGGAUCAGUUUUAGCUAAUAGACUUUCGGAAAAUCCUGAUUGGAAAAUUCUUUUAUUGGAAGCUGGUGGCGAUGAAAGUUUUCUCACUGAUAUUCCUUUAAUGGCAUCUAUUUGGCAUAUUACUGAUUACAAUUGGGGUUAUAAAUCUCCGCCACAUUCGGAAAAGAAGAAUAAAAACGAUGGAUAUUGUCUAGCGAUGAAAGAUGGAAAAUGCAAUUGGCCAAGAGGAAAAGUUGUUGGCGGGACAUCGGUGAUUAAUUUUAUGAUUUACAUGCGAGGUGAUCGUCAAGAUUAUGAUUCUUGGAGUGCUCAAGGAAAUCCAGGUUGGAGUUACAGUGAAGUUUUGCCGUAUUUUUUAAAAUCUGAAAAUAGUAAAUUAUUUUAUCAGGAAGACGAAUAUCAUGGAAGAGGAGGAUAUCUUGAUGUCACAAAUCCUCCGUAUGUCUCACAACUAAGAGAACCUUUUCUUCAAUCUGCCGAAGAAAUGGGCUACUCUGUUCGUGACUGCAAUGGGGAAAGAUUGACCGGAUUUUGUGUCGUUCAAGCAAAUUUGCGAAAAGGACGAAGAGUGAGUGCAAGCAAAGCAUUUUUGAAUCCCAUUCAAUAUCGAAGAAAUCUUUAUAUUUCCAAAUUUUCCCACGUGACAAAAAUUAUAAUUGAUCCAGUGAAUAAAGAGGCAAUGGGUGUGGAAUUUAUAAAAAAUCGUCAAAAAUUUCGUGUCCUGACGAAAAAAGAAGUACUUCUGUCGGCUGGUGCAUUUAAUUCUCCACAACUUUUGAUGCUUUCGGGAAUUGGUCCGAAAAAUCAUUUAGAAUCAUUAGGAAUCAAUGUUCUUGAGGAUUUACCUGUUGGUGAAAAUCUUCAAGAUCACAUUAGCUUGUCGACAUUGACCUUCCUAGUCAACGAUACGGUGACUAUAGUUGAGUCACGCAUCGCAUCAAAUCUAGUCAACACUUUUGAUUAUCUAUUCAAAGGAACUGGACCUCUAACUGUACCUGGUGGCGCCGAGGCAAUCGCUUUUAUUAAUACAAAUCGAAUUUUCAGUGAUGACAUCGAAGGAAAUCGUAUGAGAAGAAGUGAAGGGGACUCGAGAAUAAAUAUAGUUGAUGUUAAUGAGGAUGUCCCUGACAUUGAAUUAGUUUUGGGCCUUGGUGCUUUGACGGGCGACUCAUCAGGAAGUUUACGAAGUCUUUUUGGUUUGACGGACGAAUUUUAUCAACGUGUUUUUAAAGAUUACGAUGGAUUCGAUGCAUUUAGUAUUGUUCCUAUUUUAUUGCAACCAAAAAGUAGAGGUCGCGUGCAAUUAAGAAGCUCCAAUCCAUUUCACUGGCCGGCUAUUGAAGCCAACUAUUUCCAAGAAGAAGAUGACCUUGAUACAAUGGUUCGCGGGAUAAAAGAGGCCAUCAGACUUGCAUCGACAAGGCCAUUUAAAAAAUUUAAUACAACCCUUUUUCCACGAAAAUUUCUUGGAUGUGAACAUUUGACAUUUAAUUCUGAUAAAUAUUGGUCAUGUGUUGCACGUCACAUGACAGUAAGUUUAGGUCAUUUUGCGGGAACAUGUAAAAUGGCACCUAGAGAAAAUUUUGGGGUCGUUGAUUCAAAAUUAAAUGUCCAUGGGAUUGCAAAUUUGAGAGUUGUCGAUGCCAGUGUUAUACCAACAAUCACACGUGGUCAUACCAAUGCGGCAAUUAUUAUGAUUGGAGAAAAAGCUAGUGAUAUAAUAAAAGAAAAAUGGAGUAAAUCUAAUACUGAAAGUAGAAAAAAUUUUUUAUUUUUCUAAUUAGAAACAAUAUUGAUCUUAGAAAAAUUUUCAGAUUGCGUGCAAUGCUUUAUAUUUUUAUAUUAUGUUUAAAAAAAAGGUGUUAAUAAUAAUUUAUUAUUAAUUAUGUUUAAUUAGUUAUAUUAAUAAUUAAAUAACUGAUAAUACAGUUUGAUUAUUAAUAAGUUUUGACUGUUAUAAAAUAAUAUUAUUGGUAUUCUAAUUUUAAUUUAACUAAAUUAUCAAGUUGAAAAAUAAAUACUUUUUUUUAUAAAUAAAUAUAGUGUAACAAGUGGAAGACA